GACAGCAUAACAAACUUCGCGACAAACUUUUGACAGCCGUGAAGUUCUAGAAGAAAAUGCUGCAAAAGCCGUGCAAAGUUUACAAAUUUUAUCAAAAUAUACUCAAAUAUUGUCUUAUUUUCUGCUAAAAAAUGGAUGGAACCGACAGUUCUAAGGGAGAAAAAUCUUCCUCCACCACGACCACAAGUUCGUCGACAACUACGGCGGAAAUGUUUCCACUGAACAUAAAAAUCAAGCAAGAGAAAACCACCAGCUAUGAAGACUCAAGUAAGUCCGAAACUGUUGAUAAGCUGUCCAUCGAUUUGAAUCUGUCGAACAUAUUUUCGUCGACGACUACAACCAAAACGGCUGCGGCAUCAACUGCUCCUGCUCCUCCUGCACCGGACUCAUCGAAUGAUACCGAAAAGGAAGUCAAAUCCGUGGAGCCCCUGAAAUCCUCCAACGAGAUACUGACGGAACUGUUCAAGGUGUUUAAUGCGGCUCCACCGGAAAUAAUAGACGAUGAUUCGAACGAUGGCGAGGAUAAGAAAAAAAAGAAAAAGAAACAUAAGAAAAAAUCUAAGAAGAAAAAAGGCGGAAGCGACAAGGAAUCUUCUUCCGCUUCGGAUACUGAGGAGGAGGGCGAAAUAAAGCGGAAAAUAAAGAAGAUCAAAAAGGAAAAGGAUAAAGACAAAGAGAAGGAAAAGCAGAAGAAAACCAAGACGAAGGAAAAACACAAAGCACAGGAGGAAACGAAAGAGACCAAGAAAGUGAUAGUAAAAACGGAAAUGUCGUCUGUGGUGGUCAAGAAGGAACCAAAAGACGACUGGUACAGUUCGAGAGACAGCAGGGAACCGUCUAGGGGCGCUAAGGAUUUUCAGCAGCACCACCAUCAUCAUCACCGGCAUAGCUCACGCGAUGAUUAUCACCCGCGGAUCAAGCAGGAAAAGGAGGAUCGUUCUUAUAAAGAUACGACAUACGACAGAGAACGCGAACGAGAUCGAGAACGCGAGCGGGAGCGGGAAAGGGAACGAGACAGGGAACGAAACCGGGAAAAGGAACGAGAAAAAGAGGAUCUCAAAUCGAGAAAUAAGAUUCAAAUCAAAAGUCUGAAGGACAGUGCCGUAUUCAAGGAAGCGGCUUCCCGAGAAAAGGAAAGAGAACGCGAAAAGGAGAAAGAACGGGAAAGAACGCGGGACAGAGACAGGCGGAACGAUCGGUCCGAUUCGAAGGAAAUGAGAAAAAGACGUUCGGAAUCGGAACUUUCCUUGUCAGAUGAAGAACCAUACCGGCAGGGCCGGUAUUAUGACUUUUAUCAGAAGAAGUACAAUUCAUUCUACGCUAGUUAUAAGGAGGAAGACCACUAUAGAGACCGCAAAAGCAGAAGAAGCGAGGAUCGGGAUAGGCACAAGCACAGAUCGAAGUCCAGAUCUCGUUCCCCGCAGUUCGAUAAGCAAAAAUUAUUAGAAAUUGCUAGGAAAAACGCUAUAUCGAUGCUCAAGAAAGGAACACUACCUGGAGCUCAGGGAUUGGAUAAAGAGUCCAAAGAAAAGCUGAUUAUGAAGAUGAAAAGCAGCGGCAAAAGUAUUGAAGAGCUGACAGAAUACUGUAAAAAGAUUUCUGACAAAGAGAAUCUUAACGAGCUGUCCAGUGUGUCAUCUGACGACAGCGAUCACGAUGCAGAAGGCGGAUCGAAAGCAUUCCACCAUCCUUUCCAGAUUAAAGAUCCUGGUCCGAUUGUGAUGAACAUAAAAAACUCGGUCCCAUUGCAGCCGAAAACUGCCGAGCAGUCAAAGGCUCUCAUGUUACAAUUCCCAGUUUCUUCGGGAGCGCAACACAAAAAGAUGGAGAGUGAUUGGAUGCCCGUGGAACCGAAACCGGCCGCGCUUGUAGCAGUUGUCCGGCCCGAAAAGCCAGUGUCAAAAUUCCCACCAACAUCAGCUUCAUUCGUUUCAUCAUCGGAGAAACAGCAACCAGCUUACACUCCGGUCAACCCGCCUCCUGGGCCGCAGGUUCUCCCUCCGGAACUGGCGCCACCAGGUCCGUCGUCCGCACCUCCAAUUGUACCCGUUCCAGUCCAGGUUCCGGUUCCUGUUGCUCCAUUGAGUGAUACAGCACUACCGGCUAUAAUGCCCGCGCCAGGACCUUCAGGAGAAACACCAACUGUCUUCCCCACAAAUCAUGAAGCAAACAAGCUGGACGUGUCCACCAUCAUCUCUAAUCGCUUGAAUGCCAUGCGCAAACUGCAAGACAAUCCUGCGGACGCUGAGGCCAUCAAACUACUGUACAACACUCAAAAGGACAUGUCCGCCUGGGCAUCCUCCAAAUUUACCCCCGGGCAGUUCUUUGGAUCAACAGGUGUUCAAUGUUUAACGCCUCGCGAGCUCGCCGAAGGAUACCAACCUUGGGCCAAACGUGAUUCAAUGAAGCAGACUGCACCCGUCACCGGUGGAAUGGGAAUGCACCUGUUACAGAAGAUGGGUUGGGUUCCCGGGGAAGGUCUCGGUAAGGAGAAGAACGGUUCACUGGAACCACUUCUGCUGGACGUAAAACUGGACAAGCGUGGCCUGGUGGCAAGUGCAGAGGACCAUCAGCGUCAAGUGCAGUUCCAGAUACAGCAACAGCACAGCGGUCGGCGAGCUAGGUUUAUGAGCGUGAAAAUUAACACCGAUGGCAAACACCCGGUUUCAAUUCUGGGCGAGUACUGUAGCAAGCGCAAAUGGAUGCCACCACGGUAUGAUUUGGUGCACGAAAGCGGUCCGGGCCAUGCGAAGAACUUCGUGUUCAAGGUGAUCGUCAAUGGGCUGGAGUACCAACCGGCCAUUGCCAACAACACGAAGAAGGAAGCCAAGGCAACGGCGGCCAAGUUUUGCCUGCAACAGCUGGGCAUUUUGCAGUCGUAAAUGGUAAGUGAUUUUACUCUUUAGGUACUAAUGUCUUCGGUGUAACUUCCUUUUCCGUCGUACGUUCGAUGUAUUUGUUGGAUAGAUUUUUGUGGUUUGCGAUGGCAAUAUGCGGAACAUGAGCAACCUGAAGUUGAUCACAGCUCCUAAAUAAACUAAGCUAGAGUUAAUCGUAA